UGCAGCUCUAGGCGAUUUGUUGUUUAUAUGUCUAGCUGCUGCUGCUAUUGCUGCUGCUCGGCCAGCUCUUUGGCAAAGAGCAGUCGCCAUCAGUGCCAGGAGCUGCCGCUGAAGGAGCUCACCAUCAUCACCGUCCAGCCACACAACAGCAGCUCCAACAAUCUAAGCUCCAAUUUGCGUCUGGUCGAGCGGCCCAACAUUAUCGGCAGCUGGAGCUGUGACGAGGAGUUCGAGCACUACAAUGUGGAUGAUUGUGAAAAUCGCACGCCGACCAUGUGGCGUGCCUGGUGGCUCCAAGGCGCCAACGAGCCAUUGCCCACUGCUAUACACACUUGAGCUCACUGUCGCCCAGCAGUUUCGAUCUGAGCGCGUGUCUCUG